AUGCAAAGCCUCAUUCUUAAAAAGCAGGUUACUUUUGAGUUAAAUGGCGCCUUCCUAGUAUGUGCUGUUAGAAUUACUAUUAACCCGCUCCUUCUCAAGGGAUUUAAAAAUACCGAGAACUGGAGAUUCCAGCAUCCAAGUGGAUCUACUACCGGUAACUAG